AUGAUUCAUAUGUCAGAACACUUGCCAAUCCUUAACACUUUUCCAUCUAGCACAUUUAAAGAAUAUGUGAAGAAGAUCAAACUGCUAAGCAACCCUGAAGAGCGCGCUCGGAUACUACAGGAGUUACCCAAAGUGAUUGCUGGUCCAUGCUUGCAACAAGACUCUGAUAUUGAGAACUUGGAGGAAAACCCAGAAAAUUGUAGCCAAGCGAAUUGGGAGAAAGCCCCCAAAAGUUCAGAAAAUAUUAGGAAUGAACAGAAAGGAAAUGAUCCUGGUUGGAGCUGUUCUAACUGGGAGAGUGAUCAAAAUAAUGUCAGUGAUCAAGAUAAUAAUUGCAAGAUCGUGGAAAAAGAAUGGAGCGCAGAAGACCAUUCCAAAAUGGAAGUUAACAGAAUGAAAGUCGCUUCUCAACCAUUUGGUAAAUCUACUCCAUUUUCUUCAAGUUCAAGAGGGCCACAAGAAAGAAUCCAUGAUAUGCAAAAACCUUCAUCUUCAACGCCACACAUCUCAAAGAAACAUCCUUCAUGGAGUAAAGCAGGUAACAAUGAAACAGACAAGGUUUGGCGUUAUCGGGAUCGUGUAGGUAAGGUACGAGGACCAUUUACAAUUGCACAGCUUCGAAAAUGGCAAAAAACUGGCCUUUUGCCUUUAAAUUUGAGGAUUUGGAAAAUAUUUGAGCACGAGGAUGACUCAAUUUUAUUGACUGAUGCACUUGCUGGAAGGUUCUAUCUGUUCGAAGAGUCUAAUGAUUACUCUGCAAGAUUCAGUGUGAAGGUGCGUAGAAUGGAAUCAAAAGAUUUGUCUUUGUGGUUGGAUAAUAUUGCAACUACGUUUCCUGAUUAGAAGCAUCAACUAGUAAAAACAGAAGUGUAUUAACAGAUUCAGAAAACCAAUCAAUAACCUCAUUAUUAAAUGUACAACCUUCCAGCCUUGGAGAUGAUUGAAAGAUUUGUUCAUUUGAUACUCCUGGUAUUAACCAUUUUGAAUAUCUGAUCCAUAUGGAAUAUGAUAAGCUGCUCAGUUUCAAACGUGGAGUCCUGAACCAAUUUUAUAUGGACAGAAACACUGAUGAAACUUCUCAGGAAAAAAGACUAUAAAACAAGCUCUAUGUUUUGAGAAACUACGAGGAUUUUUGCUGAAGAAUUCUGUCAUUUCCUCCAUGGACACGUAAUUACUUAAAGGGUACCAUUGUGGAUGGUCAUAAUUGUUCUGAAGUGUUGCUUAACAUGAUGUGUCUAUAAUUUGUUAAAAAAACAAUUUCCAUAAAAUUAGUAAAAGCAUACUCAAAUUAUAAUA